UUCUUUUUUGUAGACUUUCUCCAACCGCCGCGAACCUACAUUUUUUGACCUAUGAAGGAUCCGUAAUCUCGCGAUACGCGCAGCUCUCGGGGACGCAGUCAUGGCGGCGCUAUGCAUGAUCAUGGGGUUCUGACCUAAGGAAAACAACCGCAUGUUUGCUCAUUCACCAAUAGAAGCAACGUUUGUGUCAUACAACUUGAAAGCCAUUUGAAAGUGUUUCAGUGAAUAGCAAAAUGAAUCACAGAGCAGGUUCUUUUUUAUGGAAUCUCAGACAACUUCAUACUUUAGUUACAACAAUCAGAACUGUGAGGCUGUACAGUUUGGAAUUUUGCAGACCAAAUAUUGUUUAUUCACACUGGAACCCAAGAAACCUCUUAAAUAACUUUGAUAAUGGAGUGCAGUCAUCUAUUAGAUAUCUCGUGCAGGAUUCCUUAAUUUUUAAAUCAGGAGAUGACAGCUUUCAAAUAAAGGGCAUAAGCACGGUAACAGUUCCUGCAGUUGACAGACUGCUUUGUCUUAGAAGACUGUCUUUUGACUCAAAACACUCUCCUGUUCCUGAUGAUGAUUUGAAGAAAAUGAAUGAGGCCACUUACGAAGAUGUUCUCAUAAAAAAACCCAAACCAACCCCUAACAAAUGCAGAGAACUGUCUCAGGAGUGUAAUUCCCUGGUUGAUGUGUUAGAUAAAUACUCAGAAGUACCAAGAUAUCUUAGUAAUAACUAUCUCUCAGCAAUGUGGUCAAUUGCCAAAAGGAUGUCUGAAGACCAGAAGCGCUUUGAAAAACAGCUGAUGUUUAGCCACCCUUCAUUUAGCCAACUGUGUGAACAAACAAUGCGAGAAGCCAAGGUCAUGCCCUUUAACCAGUUGCUGUUCAGUCUUCAUGCUGUGGUGAAGCUUGGAAUUCCACAGAACACUCUGCUGGUACAGACUUUGCUGAGGGUGGUCCAGGAGCGUAUCAAUGAGUGUGGUGAGAAAUGUCUUUCAGUUUUGUCAGCUGUUUUAGAGGCAAUGGAGCCAUGCAAGAAUGUGGACACUCUUCGGAUAGGAUUGAGGAUACUAGUUGAUCAGCAACUUUGGAAAAUAGAACAUGUCUUCACAUUACAAGUUGUGAUGAAAUGUAUUGGAAAGGAUGCACCAGAUAUUCUUAAAAGGAAACUGGAGAUGAAAGCCUUGAGGGACUUUGGCAAAUUUUCUACUUUGAAUAGUCAGCACAUGUUUGAGGUACUAGCUGCCAUGAAUCACCAUUCUGUUUUACUUCUGAAUGAAUGCAGUAAGAUGGUCAUAGAUAAUAUCCAUGGGUGUCCUUUAAAAGUAUUGAUCAACAUACUGCAGUCUUGCAGAGAACUCCGAUACUAUAAUUUAUAUCUUUUCAAGGGAAUAGCAGAUUAUGUGGCUACAACUUUUGACAUCUGGAAGUUGAAACAUGUUAUUUCUCUCCUCAUUUUAUUUGCAAACCUUGGCUUUCGACAUACCGGUUUGAUGGACUUACUUAAAAAGAAAGUAAUAGAUGAACCUGACUGCCUAAACAUCAAAAACAUUGUCCCUAUUCUUCAUGUGUAUUCUUCUCUCAAUCACUUCUAUGAAUGCCAGGCCCAAGAGUUUCUAAAAGUUAUGGCUUCUGCUGUGACUGUUUAUCUUUACCACAUCUCUUCUGAAAACCUAUUGAAUGCUGUGUGUUCAUUUUGUAUGAUGAACCAUUUUCCCCUGGUCCUUAUUAAUCAGCUGCUCCAGAAGGACAUCAUCAAUGAGCUGCUGCUGUCAGCUGACAUGAAGAGGAAUGUUGGCAAGCUUCAUAUUUUGGCUGCAUGUCUAAAACUCGAUGACAAUCCUUUUCAGAAUACCAAAGACUUAGCGCUGCCACAGCUGCCCUCCACGCCGCUGUACCCAAAUGCAAAGGUUGCAGAGGUGCUGAGUAGUCUACUGGGAGAAAAGUACUUUUCUGAAAACGUUCAGUUGCCACAUAAAUAUCAUAUUGAUUUUGAAAUCAGAAUGGAUACUAAAAGGAAUCAAGUGCUUCCAUUUUCUCCUGUGGAUUUGUCAACUCCUGCUACAAAUAUUCAGAGAGUGGCUGUACUGUGUGUUCCUAAAUCUAAUUACUGUUUGGAUUCAGCCCACCCCAGAGGAUUCCUUGCUAUGAAAAUGCGGCAUUUGAAAGUAAUGGGUUUUCAUGUGAUCUUGGUCAAUAAUUGGGAGAUGGAAAAACUAGAGAAGAAGGAUGCAGUCAAAUUUUUGAAGACUCAGAUCUAUUCAUCUGAAGCCUUUCCUACUGGUGGUGUAAAUUUGCAAAGCACACAUUAAAGUGAAAAGCAACUUUUUCAUAUUAGGAGAAGUAAGUUUGUAAAAAUAACUUUAAUAAAGACUACAAUUCACUUGUCA